UAGAGUUUAUAAAAGCAAAAGUGGGCGAAUUUUAGCUAAAAAAGAUAGAUUCAAAAUGCAAGGACUACUAAAGCUCUUUCUUCUAGCUGGUCUCUUUACUAUUUCUCUAGCUCAGUGCUCAGGAAACUUUACUAAUGAGACACAGCAAGUUACCAUUGAUUGGACUGUGAUUGAUAGCAACACUGUCAACUUUAUAUACACUGCUCCUUCUACUGACACUCAAUACACUGCUUUGGCUUUCUCUAGCCAACUCAUAACCUCUGUAGGAGAAUUGGCUAAUGUUGAUGCUGUAUACGCUGGAGAUAAUGGAGCAGAUUUUUUUGUACAAGACAGGUGGGUUCCAAAUGCAUUGAGUAAUCAGCUGGACACAGAACAAAAUCUUCAAAAUACAAAUGCUUCACUAAGUGGUGACUUCCUCACAGUUAAUUUCACUCGUCCAAUAAUCAGUCCUGAUAAGAAUCAAGACCUUGAUCUUAACAUGUGCCAAUAUGUUAUCUAUGUAUUCAAUGGAGCAGUAAUUGGCUCAUUUUCAUCACCUACUGGAUUCAAUAUUCCUUCUGGAUUUGGUUUACUUCCUAUGCAGUUGUGCCUUCAGAAUUGUCAAGAUGUUUCUUCUCUCUCUACUACUAUUCCUUCCUCAACUGGUACAAUGUCAACAACUACAAUUAGUACAUCUGUUCAAAGUUCCUCCUCAAUUAGCAGUGGAUCCAUUAGUGUGAGUGCUACUACUGCUACUGCUACCCCUACUCCAACUGCUACUGCUACUAGUACUCCCAGUGGAGCUAGUGCAGGAAUGCUUGCUUCAGUUUUGCUUAUUAUGAUUGCUGUUGCCAUUGUCCUUUAUGUUUAAUACAAUGUAGACUGAACAUUUGAAUUGUUUUCAAUCCUUGAACUUGUUUUGAGAA